AUGGCUAGAGCAAAUAACAAAGCCGGUUCACCCAAGACCCUGCCUUCCUCGCGUAAAGCUAACGCGGCAGGGUACUCAAAACGCAAAUCAGCCAAGGGGAAAGCGAAAGCUUUCGCGGGCGGAGUAACCGAUGUGUACGAGUACGAGCAAGAAAGGUCGCGCAGAUCGAAGGUCUCUCUCACAUUGGAUAAGGAUGAAGCUGCAGAGUACGGUGUGAACGAGGAUGGAGAAUAUGAGGGCGAGAAUCCAGGUGGGAGUCGCAUGUCUAUGUCCGAGUACAUGAAGCGCCCCAGGCUGGUGGGAGAAAAUGAGGACGACGAAGGGAUCGACCCGGAGGAUGACGAGGAGAUCGAUAGUGACGAGGCGUUCGAAGAGAGCGACGAAGAACGUUUCGCUGGAUUUACAUUCGCGUCUAAUUCGAAGCGAAAGGCAAAGAAGAAUGUGUCGGAGACGCGGUCGUCCGCGAGGCCCCGAAGCGUCCGAUUUGCGGACGUCGAUUUGAAUGAAGACGAUGAGGGAGAGAUCGGUACUCAGGGACUCGGGGAGCCUAAUCUAAGCUCUGGAGAGGAAGAAGACGAAGAGGAGGAAGGUGACCCUGAUGAGUUUAUCGAUGUCCUCGAUGUCUUGGACGGGAGGGGAGAUCCGGACAUUGCCAGCAGUGACGAGGGAUCGGCGGAACAUGAGUCGAUGGAUAAUGAAGGAGCUUCCGGGGUCCGGAAGGAUGAUGAGAGUGAUGAAGAAGGUGAGGAGGAGGAGGAGGAGGGUGGUUACUCCGAGGAGGAACAGUCCGUAUUGUCCGAAGAUGACGCGGCGGACCAAAAUCCCAAGGCUCUCGAGAAACUGGAAAAAUUUAUCACAAACCUCAAUCCGUCACAGAAACGCAAGUCGGACGAGAAAUCUCGCGAGGACAGUACCCGUCCAAGAAAGCGCCGUUUUGUGCAAGAGCAGACUACGGCAGGCGUCGAGGGCGAAUUCAAUGCUACUAUCGACCAAGGGAAGUUGCAACUAGAUGACUUGCUCAAUCCAUUGGCGGCACAUUCGUCUACGUUGUUGUCGCUUAAGAAGGCAGCUAAACCUCUGGUAUCGACGUCCAAAGGAGCUUUAGACGCUCCUCUACCCACACGGACACAAGAAAGAGUCGAUCGUGAAGCCGCAUAUGAGCAGACGAAGGAAGAGGUGGACAAAUGGAAGGCUACUAUGAAACGAAUCAAGGAGGCGGAGCACCUGAGUUUUCCGCUGCAAGCCCCGUCAUCGUCUCGGCCGUCCAAUCUGGAAUUGACUGCAAAGUUCAAGCCAACGACGGAGCUCGAGACGUCCGUGGACACAUUACUUAAGAGUGCGAAGAUGAGGGAGGAAGACCUACAGCAGACAGAGGAUCUCAUGAUGAACGACCUCUCCGUCGAAGAGGUGGCGGCCCGGCGGGCCGAGUUGCGCAAAAUGCGCGACUUGGUAUUUCGGGCCGACAUCAAGGCCAAACGGAUUGCUAAAAUCAAGAGCAAGACGUUUAGGAAGAUCAAGAAGAAAGAAAAGGAGAAGUUGAUGGCCCAGCUGGACGAUGGCGAUGCUGAGGACACUGAAGAAGCUCGGAUGAAGCGUGAAGUGGAGCGUGCUAGAGAGAGGGCGACUCUGAAGCACAAAAAUACGGGGAAGUGGGCGAAGGCCAUGAGGGCUAGGAAUGAGCUGGACAUCGACCAGCGGCGCGAAAUUGCGGAGAUGCUGGACCGCGGGGAUGCUCUCAGGACAAAGAUACGUGGUACAGCGGAAAGUAGCGAGGAAGACAACGACGAAGCGUCCGACGACGAUCUCGAAGAGUUGAAGGCCAAUGCCUUCGAGGAGUUGGCAGCGCUGAAGCGAGAUGAUCCGCCAGAAGAUGUCGAUGGCAAGCACAAGGGCAUUUUCAAGAUGAAGUUCAUGAAAGACGCUGCGGCUCGGGAACAGCAAAGAGUCAACGAGGAUGCGGACGACUUCGUCCGGGAGAUGGGAGGUCAUCCGUCGACAGAAGACGAGCAAGGGCACGAUGAGGCCAUACCUGGUCCGUCUAACGUCGCGAUACAGCGAACUGGGGGACGUAUGCAGUAUCGGCCUGGUGCAGUGCCAAAUCGCUCCUCAAUGAGGCCGAUGGGCUCGCUAGCCUCUGACACCUCGAGCGCUACCCUCAAAUCGAUGGACUUCCCCUUAGAGGUACCCGCCGCUGGAGACUCUCAGGAUCGUGCCGAGGACAUGGCGGAGAUUUCUGCAUCUACGCCGACCCACAAUCCGUGGUUGUCCGUCCAGGAAGCUGCAAUUAAGGGUCCUCGUAAGAAAAACGAAGUGAUCGUCUCGAAGAACAGUAAGGCUAUCGACAAGUCCCGACAUAAAAUUCAGAAGGGGAAGUUGAAUCAGGCCGAGACCAAGGACAAGGCGCUUGACGAUUCAGUGGUUGAAAUCUCUUUGGACAACGCGCUUAUACUGCCUGACGGCAGCGCCUCCAAAGGGACAUCACAACAUGCCCAGACCUCGGCGCGCGAAGACAUCGCUGACGAUUCAGAUGCAAAUAGCGAAGUCAGUGAGCAAGAGGAGGCUCUUGAGAAGAAGGCGGCUGGCAGACGCAAAGGUGUUCAGGCAUUCGAGCAGCGUGAUCUGGUUGCUCUUGCUUUCGCCGGGGAUAACGUCGUGCAGGAAUUCGAGGCAGCCAAGCGUAAAGAGAUGGAGGAGGAUGCUCCUCACGAGGUCGACACCACAUUGCCCGGAUGGGGAGCUUGGGGGGGCAAAGGUUCGCGAAAGAAGGCGCCCAAGCCUCACCUAAUCAAGAAGAUCGCGGGUAUAGACCCCAAGUCCAGGGCGGAUUACAAAAAGUCCCAUAUCAUCAUAUCCGAGAAGCGAGACAAGAAAGCGGCUAAGUACAUGGUAAAAGAUCUGCCCCAUCCAUAUACUAGCAAAGCCCAAUACGAGCGGCGUAUGGAUACACCUGUUGGGACGGAAUGGAACACGCGGUUAGGCUUCCAGCGCAGUACUCUUCCUAAGGUCACCAAGAAGAUGGGUUCCAUCAUUCGACCCUUGGAGAAGGUCUCAUAA